UUUGACAUUGCGUAUAGGGAUUUGGGAAAAUAAAUUGAAUCACAUUUGCUUAGCUUCUUGCGUGUUUUCUAUUUUUCGCAUUUUUCAGUCUUUAUGAACUUUUCGUGAUCAUGUCUAAUGAUUAUGGUUUUAACAGCGAUGAUUCGCCUAAUAAAACAAAUUCGCACUUGCAACUUCCCAGCCCAAUAAUAACACGGCGAAACCGAACUGCGUCGACGUCUGAGAGGGCAUUGGGGAAUCCGCUAGAGGGUGGCAAAAUAAAGUCGUUUUGCCGUGCGAAAGGCCACGGGUUUGUGACGCCGGAUAGAGGCGGGGCCGAUCUUUUUGUUCACAUUUCCGACAUUGAAGGUGAAUACGUUCCAUUGCCUGGAGACGAAGUGAUAUAUCGUCUCUGCCCCAUCCCCCCAAAGUUUGAGAAGAACCAAGCAGUUCACGUCCGGAUCGUACACCUCACUCCCGAGAAACACGUGAAGUGGGACGAGCCCCCUCUGUAAUUUUCUACGUAAAGAGCAACACAAUAUGGAGUAUCUGGAAAACUUACAAAAACUGAUCAGACUUAUCCUAAUGAUAUUCUUUUUCUUUUCUUUAACACGAGUAUACAAGUGGUUGUAUAAACUUGCAGAGUCCCCGUAAAAAAUAAUCUCAACCACAAUUAUUUUUUCAUGUCAAGGUUUUAGUGGUGAUCUUUACAGGCUCUUUAAAGUUGUCUGAUAAAUAAAAUCAGAUGGUUGAUUACAUUGUUAUUUUACAACUUCAAAAAGAGUGGUAUUAUUGAUACAUGUGAAAUAUUUUAGACAAUAUAAAGAAUAACUUCUGCAUCAAUUGAGUAAAGUAUAAAAGACUACACUAAUGAAACCCCAUAAAGUAACAAAAAAACGAAUUUUAUAUGAAUUUAGGUUUAGAAUAUUAAAAUAACUGGCAUAUGAAAUAGACAAAAUGUAGUCAACCUCAUUACCCAUUGAAUUUUGCAUUUAAUCUUAAAUCAUGGGCACUCAUAAUUUUUACCUCUCAGGGAGCUAUCAUCAGUUAUAAUUAUAAAUACAUAACAGGCAUUAACCUCUGACUGUUUAUUAUUUAAUAAUGUUAUUAUCAGUCGCAACUGUGGAGGCUCAAGGUUGAAAUCGGUAGUGCAUAUUUGACAAAUAGGUACGUCAUACAUACCUUAACCUUGAAAUACCAACCUUAUUUUUAUCUACAUAGUCACUUUACAUACAUAUACUUUUAAUGUAGAUGAACUCUAUGUAUUAGAAUUAUGUUUCUUUUAUAUGUAGAUUGUAGCCACCAUAAUAUCCAUUUUCUUAGUAUACUAUGUGUAUUGAACCAUUCAAAUCUUGAAAUCAAUAUGACUAAAAGCCCUUAUGUUGUUUCUGUUACAGAAAACUUUUCUUAUCACAUUAUUUUCCUUUAAAUGAAAAAUGUUUUUCCUCAUAUUCACACUGCGUCAAACGAUUAAUAAUUCGUGAUUCGUGGUUUAACCAUUUAACAUAAACUUUUUGAUCAGUUACUUGAUCCAGACAAGUCAAUUCGAUUUUGUGAAAAUAAAAAUUCAGUUUGACGCUGUGUGUAAGUGCACCUUUAUCAGUAUUCAAUGCAUUGUCUCAUGUGUGAAUCAAUGUCAAGGUUGUAUAUAUUGAUUGCAUAUUAAAUCCAGUAUUGUGAACAAAGUGAGAAGCCAACAUGUGGUGCUAAAUUUUAGAAGGUUUUACCAUCACUUAGAGUUAACAGUAUUGUUGUGUGGGUAAUGGCUUCUUGCAAUUGCAAAAUUAGCUUUGUGUCAUUUGAUGAACAAUAAUUGGCUUAAUUUUUAGGUGUUAUGUUACUCCAUUAUGUACAUGAUACAUAAAAGGAACUAUAUAAUUCUUGCAUCAUGCUUCUUGCAAUCCUGACUUACCCAAUCCAGGAUCCAUGUUCAAAGGCAUACCCUGGGCUCCUCUCCAUAGUGGUGAGGAUGCAACCGGGACUAAAGCCAGGACGAAGAAGAACAUAACAGGAACUAUUAUUUUUAUUAUCCAACAUGAACAAAAUAUUAAGCUGUAUGUGUGAAACACACAAGUAUUUCAAUUUUUCGGGAAAGCAUUCAAUGCUUUAUUUAUGAUAAAAUUGAGUGACAUUACUUAUAUCUAUCUUAAUAUUGUGACGAGUUUUGUGUCAGCCUACCCUGUAGUUGUAGAUAAUAAUUUAGCACAAAUUAUAACGAAGUGCCCGUUUGUGAUAAAGAAAAGAACUUAUUUUUAUCAAGGUUUGAAUUUUUUUAUGCAAUUCCGAAUUGUAGCAAUGAAUUAUGAGAAUAAUAAGUGUAACCCAGCAUUCCGAAGCACUGCAUUUUAACCGUUGGUGUGAAAACAUUGAUGUCCCUUUCUAUUUCUGCUUUGAUUGUGUUGCGAUAUUCUGUAGUUUUGAUACAAACCCUAUAUUUUGUAUCGUCCAAGAGUUACACGAGCGGUUGUGUCCCGUUGAUUAAAAGAUAAUUCUUGUUUACCCGAUCACGGGGUAGACACAGCCUUCUUUUUAUUGGAGGCAGUACAGGACUUAAUGUGAUUGCCAUACCGCUCGUGUAUACGAACCCGUUUUAAAUGUGUAAUCAGUAAAGUUUAGCCAUGCUUAAUUUAGUUUGUAAUAGCAGUAUUAAGUUACUGGAUAAAUAAAACAAUAUGUGUAAGCAAA